UCGAUCCACUAGAAACAGUAAAACGUGUCUCAGAGGGUGAUCCUGUUACUCUCUCCUGCAAGUACAGUGUCAGUGGUAAUAAUUAUGCUCUUCAGUGGUAUCUCCAAUAUUCCAGAUCUAGACCAGCGUUUAUAGAUUAUAUCCUCCCUAGUCAAACUGACAGAGACUCUGUUCUUCCUGGUAUGUCUGUAAACCUUGAUAAAAACCAAAGCCGUGUGGAUCUGCUGAUCUCCUUUGCUACAAUAUCAAACUCCGCACUGUACUACUGUGCCCUGGCGCCCACAGUAACAGGAAACCCAGCAAUGCUGUACAAAAAAACCUCCCACCGUGAAGGUGUUUUUUGUGCUGAUCAAAUUGGACCAAACCAGGAUCAGGAUACUGAGGUUUUUCAUGAAGAGGGACAAUCAGUUACACUGGAAUGUUCAUAUGAUUCAACUAAUCAAUAUAUUGAUCUUUACUGGUACAGACAGCAUCCUAACAAAGCACCACAGUAUUUAUUGUAUAAACCUGCUCGAUCAAGUCUGAGUACUGGGCACAUAUCAGACCGACGUUUUUCAUCAACUAACUCUGACACAUCCACUCAGCUCACUAUUAGUGGACUAACUCUGGCAGACACAGCUCUCUACUGUUACCAUGGCUCAGAUGAAAUCACCCCAUACGGUGCUGUAGUGACUGCCAACGUGGGUGACAAUGUUAUACUGUCUUGUAAUUACAGCAGUUAUAGAACAUCCUCACCAAGCACCUCAGUUUUUAGUGUGGAAAGGUGCUCGGUCACGGAGUGGAUCUGGAUCUUCCCCACAUGCUCGGUUCCAGUCAACAACUUCCAGAACCUCCACUGA